UUCACCUGGACUUGAUCUCCCCAUUGCAUUCUGCAGCCUUUGCUUUAUGACAUAACCGGAUGGAGAAGGGAAGAGGUCCUUCAGUCCUGAUGGAGCCCAGUGUGAAGAUGGAGAAGCCCAACCAGACCAGCCCUGAAGGGGGAAGAGAGCCCAGUGCCGUUUUGGGCAGGAGAAAUGUCCAGUUCUGGAGGAGAGUGCCCUCGGGGGCUCUGGAGGCAAAGAUUUUUAGCUCGAAAGCUCAGCGCCAACUCUUCAGACAAUUCUCCUAUAAUGAGGCUGCAGGACCCCGAGAAGUGUGCAGCCGCCUCCACUCCCUCUGCCGCCUGUGGCUGAAGCCCGAGCGACACUCCAAGGCGGAGAUGCUGGACCUGGUGAUCCUGGAGCAGUUCCUGGCCGUCCUUCCUGCGGAGAUGGAGCGCUGGGUGAGGGAAUGUGGGGCAGAGACCAGCUCCCAGGCUGUGGCCUUGGCGGAAGGAUUCCUCCUGAGUCGGGCCCAAGAGGAGAAGCAGACAGAGCAGCCAGGCAGUGAUCUUCUCCAGCUUAAGGUCAUGCAAUCAGACAAAAGCCAGAGGUUCUCUUCUGAACGGAGCAAGCUGAAGGGCAACAGAAGGUUCGCUCCACCAGAAGGUGAACGACGUGAUCGCUCAUCUGCGUGUGCUGCGGGAGAAACGGCAUCCAGACAACAGGAACAGGUGACGCUUGAGGAUGUGUCUGUGCAUUUCAAUGAGGAGGAGCAGGCUCUCCUGGAUCCCGAUCAAUGGACCCUGCACUGGGAGGUCAUGGAGGAGAACUAUAAGAUGGUGGCUUCUCUUGGUGAUGAUGAACCACGGAGUGAAAACGAGGGAACGCCACGUAAAGCGUGGCUGCAAACAGCGAGAUGUAAAGAGGAGGAAGAGGAGGAGGCCAUGGUCACGGAAGCAGAAAUAAAUAGAAGGAACCAAUGGCUUGCUGACACCUGGGAAAUCACAGUCCAAGAAAUCGGAGAUGAGAGCAGGGAGGUCGGGGAGUGCCCUGUCGACGAGGAAGACGUCUCUCACCAGGACGGCGAUAUUGUGCACUGCGUAGGAGAACCUAAAUGCCCCCAAUUGGGAGAUAACUUUGAAUGCAAUAUACAACUCACUAAGCACGAGAACGUGGGAUUUGGAAACAGCUUCCAUCACGGAGUAGAUUUCGGUAGCCACGAGAUAUCCCACGUAGAGGAAAUCCCCUAUGACCAAAUAUCCCACAUAGAGGAAUAUCCGUACGAGUACCUGGAAUGCGGGGAAGGCUUUGCGGAAAAGUCCAAUCUGAUUGGGAACGAUAUGAACCCCAGGGGAGAGAAACCCCAUAAAUGCCUGGAGUGUGGGAAGAGCUACCGGUACCCGUUGGCGCUCUAUCGGCACCGGGAAGUCCACGCGAGAGGGAACUCGUACACCUGCAUGGAGUGCGGGAAGAGCUUCCACCAUAAGGGGCACCUCAACAGACACCGGAAAUCCCACUUGGGAGAGAAGCCUUACAAGUGCCUGGAGUGCGGGAAGUGCUUCGCCGAAAAGAAGAGCCUCGUCGCGCACGAGAUGAACCACCGAGGAGAGAAGCCCUACAAAUGCCUGGAGUGCGGGAAGAGCUACAGCUACAAGUCGGUCCUCAAGAGCCACCAGGAGAGCCACACCGAGCGGAAACCCUAUGUCUGCCCCGAAUGCGGGAAGAGCUUCAGCCAGAGAUCAGCCCUCAACCGGCACCAGAAUAUCCACACCUGGAAGGAAAACGCACAGGGACAGAAAGUGCCGCCUCUCGAUUUUGUAUAUUGUACAAUCCCUCCCAUCUAAGUCAGCCCAAAAAAAAAUAUCUAGAUACUCUUUCUGGCAUGCUUUAAAGAUAAAUAUGUAUAUCUAACAGGUCGGUGCGACAUUUUAGUCCUUCGCUCUGCACCCGACCUGCAUACCCCUUUCUUUACGUUUCUUACCCUUGUUGACGUCAUGUUGUACCUUUUUUGUUUGUCGAAGUCAUUCCUCUCCCGUCAUCCCCCCAUUUUAGUCAGUACAUUAAAUAGUUAGGGAAAAAUUGUUAUCGUGUUAACCUGAAAAUAAUAAAAGAUGGAGGAUUUA